GUAACAGCUGUUUUGUGUUUUUCUUCUUUUUUAUUUAUUUAUAUGGAUUCCGUGUCAUGGCAGCGCAGCUGAAUCCCUUCCGCAACGCAUUUCGGCUGCCGGCCACGCAGCGUGUCAACUGGUUCCCGGGCCACAUGACCAAAGGCAUCCGCCAAAUCCAACAAAAACUGCGAACGGUAGACUGUAUUGUGGAAAUCCAUGAUGCACGCAUACCGCUGGCGGGCAGGAACUCCCAGUUCUUUGACACCAUCACGGGAAGUGGCGUUAAACCGCACAUUCUGGUCCUGAACAAAGUCGAUCUCCUGGGCGCGAAGCAGCAGAGAAGUGUGUUGCAACAGCUGAGGUCGCAGCAACCCGGACUCAAGCACAUACUUUUCACCAAUUGCAAGGAUCAGCGGAACCAUGGCGUGUUGGACAUCCUCCCACUGGCCACUCGACUUGUGGGCGAGAGCAGUCGCUUUAAUCGCACCCAGGCGGCCGAGCACAACAUCAUGAUCAUCGGGGUUCCCAAUGUGGGCAAAAGCUCCAUCAUCAACGUGCUGCGGAAUGUGCACCUGAAGAAAAAGAGUGCAGCCCGGGUGGGAGCGGAAGCGGGAAUCACACGAGCCGUUGGGGAACGCAUCAAGAUCCAGGAGAAUCCACCAGUCUACAUGAUCGACACACCCGGUAUCCUUCAGCCCUCCAUCAAAGACGAUGAGAUGGGCAUGAAACUGGCUCUGGUAGGCUGCCUCCCGGAUCACAUCGUGGGAGAGGAUCUCAUAGCGGACUACCUGCUCUACUGGCUGAAUAGCCACCGGCGCUUUAAUUACGUGGAACUGUUGUCACUCAGUUCCGGACCCAGCGACAACAUAAGCGCCGUGCUAGCGGAGUAUGCCCACCGCGAGGAGCUGUUCCACAAGGUCAAACAGUACGACGGACGGGUGGAGGUGAUGACCAAUUUAUUGGCGGCAGCACGAAAGUUUAUACACUUCUUCCGCACUGGCCAGCUGGGCAACAUCAAUCUGGAUGAGCCAAUCGGUUUUAGAUAGCUUUACAUAAAAGUAACUUAAGGGCUAAGAGUAAAUAUUGAACCGUA